AUGCAUCUUAUGUAUGUUCUCGACAAGGAUGGCAAGAGGGUGUACACCCUCAAGAAGGUCCUGAACGGCGAAGUUACCAAGUCUGCCCACCCUGCCCGGUUUUCGCCAGAUGACAAGUACUCCAGACACCGUGUCACCCUCAAGCGGAGAUAUGGCCUCUUGCUGACCCAGCAGCCUGAGAAGACGAACGCGGCGCUGUGA